AUUAAAGUUGUCACGUGUCUGCAACUUCUGAGUUUCUUGAUUCUUCAUGAAGAAAAAGCGUGCUUUUUUGCUCUCUCUUUUUCUUUUCUUCCUACUGGCUGCUGUUUAUUACAUAGUGACUCUCCAGGCCAGUGAUGAUACAGAAUUUGAUUCUAGAAGUUUACCAGCCAGCUCUGUUGUUCCUAAUACUGCCAGUACUACUGCUGAAGAGUAUAGGAGAGUAGCCAAUGGAACAGAAGGACCUACUUUAGAGAUAAGCACUCGGUCCCUUGAAACAAGGGAGACCGAGGACAAACUAACCAUUGAAAGACAGCAACAAGUUAAAAACAUGAUCAAGCAUGCAUGGGACGGCUAUGAGAAGUAUGCGAUGGGACAAAAUGAGCUCAAGCCGAUAUCAAGGACCCAUAAUUCUCGCUCAAUGUUCAGCUCGUCUCCGAUCGGUGCAACACUGGUCGAUAGUCUGGACACGUUGUAUGUCGCUGGUCUGAUGGACGAGUACAACAGAGCAAAGAAAUGGGUCAAGGAUCACUUUGAUAUUUCACAGGUGAGCAGCGGUUUAUCUUUUUUUGAAGUUAACAUUCGUUUCAUCGGAGGGUUCAUCAGUGCCUAUCAACUCACUGGAGAAGAGGUUUUUAAAGAUAAAGCCAUCGAGGUUGCUAAAAGAUUCAAUCCUGCUUUUAAUACACAGAGUGGCCUGCCAAAACCAAUUGUUAAAAUGAAAACUGGCGAGACUGAGUUUUGGGGCUGGAUUCCAGGACAGUGUUCUCUACUAUCAGAAUUAGGCACUUUGCAUUUAGAAUAUCAAAGUCUCUCGUAUCUCUCAAACGACAAAUCUUACUUAGAGAAAGUUUUACGAAUCCGUAAUAAACUAAGAGCAGUCCGUAGCUCUGAAGGGUUCUACUACACCAUGUUUAGUAUUCAAUCUGGACAUUGGUGUAAUAGGCACGUGUCAUUAGGUGCUUAUAGUGAUAGUUUUUAUGAAUACUUACUGAAAGUUUGGCUCCUCACUAAUAAAGAAGACACUGAAUCAAAAGAUAUGUUCUAUGAAGCCAUUGAUGCUUUGGAUACCAGGAUGUUUGAGUUUGUUUCUGAAAAGAAACUUUUUGUAAUAUCUGAUCUUAGGAAUGGACAGAGAGAUGGGAAAAUGCAGCACCUGGCUUGUUUUGCAGGUGGUAUGUUUGCACUAGCUUCAGUUCAUGCAACUAACGGCAAGUCACAGCAUUACAUGGACAUUGCCAAGAACAUUACAAGAACAUGUCACGAGUCUUACGUCAGUUCUGUGACAAAGCUUGGCCCUGACAUAUUCGGCAUUGGCUCAUCAGGAAAGGUGAAUAACGUAAACCCAAAGUACAUACUGAGACCAGAGACUGUGGAAUCAUACUUCUACCUUUGGAGACUGACACGUGAUCCAAUGUAUAGAGAAUGGGGAUGGGAACUGGUCCAGGCUCUAGAAAAGUAUUGUAAAGUAUCAACAGGUGGUUAUACUGGUCUGAGGAAUGUUAAUAGUCCAGACUCGCGAGAUGAUGAACAGCAAACCUUCUUCCUAUCGGAAACAUUGAAAUAUUUAUACCUCUUGUUUUCUGAUGAUAAAGUUGUGUCACUAGAUGAGUGGGUUUUCAAUACAGAGGGGCAUCCGCUUAGAAUAAUUAAUCAGAAAUAAACAUUAUUUGAUUAUUAUAACUAUUAUUAUUAUUAUUAUUAUUUUAUUAUGUAUUUUUAUAUUUAAUAAUGAAUAAUUGUGGAUUUAUCUAUAGCAAUAUCUAUUAUA